AUGCUUCAUCGAGGAGCAAUGCCUUUAUUGCAACAUGAGUUCUAUUUUAAUUCGCUUAAAUCAUUGGCUGGUUCGCACAUCACGAAGAAUGGCGCUCGAACCGAUAUUCGUGCAACAUCACCGCCGAGCGAGGAGUCGGACUUCAACCAGUGGCUGCACGCGAUGCGCCUGGUUGCAAGCAUGCCGGAAGGGGUCCCUCCUGAAUUCAGGAAAAAGCUUUGGUUAUCGUUGGCUGAGAAACAUCUUCAGAGUAAUAAAGUUGAUUGGCCGCGAACGGAGAAGAGAUGUUUUAGUGCGUUUAACAGAGAGGAUGACGAAGAACUUGGAAACCAAAUUGUCAAGGAUUUGCACAGAACAGGUAGUUCUUUCUUUUCGGGACCAGACGGAUCGCACAAUCAAGCUAUUCUGAAAAAAGUUUUAAUAGGAUAUGCUCGUUAUAACGAAAAAGUUGGUUACUGUCAGGGUUUUAAUAUGCUAGGCGCCUUCAUGUUGCAAGUUAUGGAAAGAUCAGAGGUCGAUUCGUUGAAGGUAAUGAUUUUUCUUAUUGAGGAAGGCGUGAUGCCUCCCAAGUAUUUCAGUGGCACGUUAAGCGGAUUGAUAACAGAUAUGUCAGUUUUUCGAGAAUUGCUCAGCUCUAGAUUGCCAAAAUUGUCUGCUCACUUGGAUCGAUUGCAAGGGACUGAUGGAGAGAAGGUAGUAUUAAUUCUGAUUUUUAGAAUUCGUAAGUAACUUUUUUCUUCUUUGAUGAUAGGUUAUUCGUUCGAGCCGCCUUUGACCAACGUUUUUACGAUGCAGUGGUUUCUGACUCUCUUCUGCACGUGCCUACCUCAUGCAACGGUUUUGCGCAUAUGGGAUUUAAUUUUUUUGGAAGGCAAUGAGAUACUUUUGCGCACAGCUUUGAUGAUCUGGGAACGUUUCUCCGAGCGAAUAUUGAGUGUAAAAAGUGCAGAUGAAUUUUAUUCAAUUAUGAUGAUUCUGAGCAAAGAAAUGUUAGAAUGCGGUUUUAAAGACGCCAACACGUUCAUCAAAAAGGUUGUCGAAUUUGGUCCCAUAGAAAACUUACAAGAGCUGCGCGCUAAAUACAAUUACAACAUGAAAUGGACUCAAUCUGUUCAGCCUUCGCCUAGAGAUCGCAUCAAACUUUUCUAUUCUGAUGACGAAUCGUAUUCUGAUUCCGAGCCGAACAGAAUGGCUGUAACUGCGGCAUAUGGCUGGACAUCAGGACAAAAAUCAGCAAGAAAGAACUCACUGGGGUCACUCAUGAUGGACCCAGAACGUCUAACAAUGGACAUUAAUGCGCUGAAACAACAAUACUUGAAAUUACGAGAGCGACAAAGGCAGGCGCAUCUCAUACUUACCGCGCGUGUGCCAGUUCCCUCAAUAUCGUCUCCGGCCAAUCCAAUAAACCACUUUUUGCUGGGUAAAAGCGCAAUUUUGAACUCUCACGAUCGACGUCGUCGCAUUGGACUCGGAGGAGUCGGACCUGUUCCUCCAGCUCGUGUCGCCAAGUUGUCUAUGAAAGCAUCUCAAGGAGAAACUUUGUUGUGGAAGGACACCGACAGUAAACGACGUACUCUGACCAGAAGAGAUUCUAUUAAAUGGAAGGAUAUUCCUAAAACAGACUCUACAAAUACAAAUAAUAACGACAUUAAUUCCAAAAGCGUGUACGGUGAUGAUGAUUUGUUAGCAGGGAGUUCCGAGAACUACAAUAGCUACGUUCAAGAUUUGCGAGGACAAAGUGAUUCUUCCUCGUCUUACAGUGAAGAAAGCAGUACUUCAAGUACAAGUACGGAAUUAUGUGAUGAACCUAAUCGGUUAAGUGAUUUUGAUGCUGAACCGCUUUCAGUCGAUGAUGCCAAUGAAAACCCUGUUUUAGAUGCAAAAACAAGUCCAAAAUAUGAUCCGUUACCAGAAAUAAAAACCAGUCCCAUUUGUGAAGAAUUUCCAAAAACGACCUGCGAAUUUCUUCGUGAUCCUAGUAAAGAAAAUAUAAACGAAAGCACAGAAAUAAUAAAUAGCAGUCUUCACAAUUUAUCCUCAGAAUUAGAUUCUAGUAAAAUAUAUGAAAAUAUUCAAGAGAGUGAUUUUAACUAUCCACGGGAUCUCAGUCAAGAACAUUUAGAACAAGCUUCGGAAAAUUUAAAAAGUGAUUCUGCUUGCGAAUCGUUAUCGGGAACAUAUUUAACAAAAACCAGUCCGACUUACGAACCAUCAUUUCCAAAACAUAGUCCAUUAUACGACGAUUUACUUAAAAAUAAUUUAUCUCGGGAUCUCAGUGAGGAUAGCAUAAGCAGAAAAGAUAAAUUUGCAUCUAAUUUUGAUUACUUACUAACAUCCGAAAAUGAAGUUAACGUUAAUUCAAGUGAAGAGAAUUUGUGUGAACGUAAAAAUUAUGUCACAGAAGCUGCUAUUGAAAAUAUCGCGCAGACAAUCCAGGAGAACAAAAAUUUACUAUCUCGUGUUACUGAAGAUAGAUUAAAAGAAAAAAGUCAAUUUGAUAAAAAUAUCGCCGCAACUGAACCCGAAUCAACCAAUCAAGACCUCGAAGUUUCAACAUCGAGCUCUGUGACAUUUGAUAAUCAACUUACAGAAAAAGAUGAAUUUUUAUUCUGUGUUCUUUGCCAAGAAUCGGCGUGCACUUGUUCCGAGAACACUGUGCAGAAUACAGGGAAAAAACAUAGUGAACGAGCCUUACAAAUUAUUGAAGAGAAUUCCAAAAUCUUACACAGGAUAUCUAGGUACAACAUAGAAAAUACAUCAGCGUUGAAUUUUCCUCAUUUAACAGACUUUUACAGUAUAAAAUUAGGUGACAACCGAAAUCCGUCGGAUUUGAGUGACGACCAGGUUGGCGAUGCAAGUCAAAAUUCAAUUUGUCUAUCCAGAAGUAAUAGCAG